GCGAUUCCCAAUUUAUAAGAUAGCCGACAAUCUGUGGCAUCCCAUCGAGGAAUUCACCAUUCCGCCGCCGAACUCUGCUCUACGAUCGACAUAACAUCGAAUAACGAUGGCGCUCAAGUUUCUGAACAAGAAGGGAUGGCACACGGGCAGCCUCCGCAACAUCGAGAAUGUCUGGAAAGCCGAGCAAAAGCACGAAGCCGAGCAGAGAAAGCUCGAGGAACUCCGCAAGCAGAUCCACGAGGAGCGCGACCGCGCCGAGUUCCGCCAGCUUCAGGAACAAGCCGGCCUUAUUUCGGGCCAGGAGCGUUUGGAGUUUCUGUACGAUUCUGGAUUAGCUGUGGGUAAGGGUUCUGGAUUCAAGGCUCUGGAAUCGUUGCCCAAGGCAGAGCCAGGGCCCGCUGCAUCGUCUUCUACUUCUGCGAAGGAGGUUACUCCGCAGCCAGCUUCACUGGGAGCUUUGUUUGAGGAUAAGCCACAGUCAGCCAAUGAUUCGUGGAGGAAGCUUACUUUCGAUCCCCUGCUUUCGAUCCGUCGGAGUGAACAAGAAUCUCUUGCGCGAAUCAAGAAGAACCCCAUCCAGAUGGACAUGAUCCGCAAAUCAGUAGAAGCACAGAAGAACAAAGACAAGGAUGGAAAGAAACACAAGAAAAAACAUCACAAAAAGAAGCCCAGACACAACACAAAUUUGUCGUCGGAUAAUGACUCUGAGGAUGACCUGGAAAAGCACAAGGAGAGUCGCCACAAGGGCUCCAGAUCCGAAAAGCAUUCAAGUAAGAGAAUCCAUACUUCUGAUGAUGAAUUGAGUGAAGGAGAUGGUAGAAGAAAGAAAUAUUAUGAUGAGUCCAAAGAUCGGAGGCCAAGUGGCUCUCAGGAUGCCUCUUUGACAGUGGAGAAACACAGAGAGAGUCGCCACAAAGGAUCCAGAUUGGAAAAGCAUUCGAGUAAGAGAGUCCAUACAUCUGAUGAUGAAUUGAGUGAAAGAGAUAGUAAAAGAAAGAAAUACCACGAUGAGCACAAAGAUAGGAGGCCAAACGAUGAGCACAAGGAUAGGAGGCCAAACGAUGAGCACAAGGAUAGGAGGCCAAACGAUGAGCACAGAGAUCGGAGGCCAAAUGAUGAGCACAAAGAUCGGAGGCCAAGUGGCAGUCCUAAUCGCAAAAACGGCAGAGUUGGUGAUGAUCAACAUAGAAGUAGGAGUCAUUAUGAUACCAAUAAGCAACGUUCUUCAGAACAGCAGCAUGAACCUCGUCAUGAGAAGAGCAGUUAUUCUUAUUCAAGCACCUCUGUUAAGCCACCAAGGCCUGAGUCAAACGACAGGCACCGUAAAUCUGGUAAACUAUCAGAAGAAGAGAGAGCUGCUAAACUGAAGGAGAUGGAAAUGGAUGCUCAACGGCACGAGGAACAAAGAUGGACACGUAUAAAGAAAGCAGAAGACGCUGAAGCAAAGGAAGCCAUUCUUGAUCAUGCCACUUCUGGUAGAAACUUCCUGGAUGCUACUCAGAAAAGCGUUUAUGGAGCUGAGAAAGGCGGAAGCUCAACAAUUGAGGAGAGUGUGCGUCGCCGUGCAUAUUAUUCACAGCGGCGAUCCGACGGUGAGAGCAAUGCUUUCCGCAGAGCCUAAUUUGGCGACAGAGAUCCAGACUUUUUCUGGUAAAACAUGUAACCAUAAAUACAGAAUUCCUUUACCUGGUUUGUAAUUCUGUGUGGUUUUCGCUUAAAUAUUUUCAGUUUCAUUAAUUUUAUUUGAGCUA